AUGGGCUGGCGCGCCGAGCUAACGCCGCACAUCGCCGCCGGCCUGCUGCUUCUACUGAUUGUAUAUUUGCCGGUAACUUGCCAUCAAGACCACCAAGAUGCCGUACACAUUACGGCUAUCCUCGGUGAGAGUGUGGUGUUCAACUGCCAGGUGGAUUUCCCCGAAGAUGUCCCCGUGCCGUACGUGUUGCAGUGGGAGAAGAAGGUAGGCGAAACGGGUCAGGACAUACCGAUAUACAUCUGGUACGAGAGCUACCCGACUCACAGUGGAGAGGGCUAUGAGGGCAGAGUGUCGCGCGUGGCACCCGAUUCGCCUUAUGGCGCUGCCAGUCUCAACCUCACUAAUAUACGAGAAUCGGACCAGGGAUGGUACGAAUGUAAGGUGGUAUUCCUUAACCGGUCUCCAAACCAGCACAAAAACGGCACGUGGUUCCAUUUGGACGUGCACGCCCCACCGAGGUUCUCUAUCACGCCGGAGGAGAUCAUAUACGUUAACCUAGGUGAUGCCAUAAUACUCAACUGCCAAGCAGAAGGCACACCAACCCCAGAAAUUCUAUGGUACAAAGACGCUAACCCUGUGGAGCCAUCUGGAACAGUUGGUAUCUUCAACGACGGCACCGAACUCCGCAUCAGUAACAUCAGACAUGAAGAUAUCGGAGACUAUACGUGUAUCGCACGAAAUGGGGAGGGCCAAGUCUCUCAUACGGCCAGAGUCAUUAUCGCUGGUGGCGCUGUUAUCACGAUGCCGCCAACAAACCAAACAAAGCUUGAAGGGGAGAAAGUCCAGUUUUCCUGUGAGGCUAAAGCUUUACCAGGCAAUGUGACUGUUAAAUGGUUUCGCGAGGGUGCUCCCGUGGCUGAGGUAGCGGCUUUGGAGACAAGGGUCACAAUCAGACGUGAUGGAGCCUUAGUAAUUAACCCCGUAGCUGCUGACGACUCCGGUCAGUACUUAUGCGAGGUCUCAAAUGGUAUCGGAGAUCCACAGAGUGCUUCCGCAUAUUUGAACGUGGAGUAUCCAGCCAAAGUGACUUUCACUCCAACAGUCCAAUAUCUACCUUUUCGUCUGGCUGGCGUAGUUCAGUGCUACAUAAAAGCUAAUCCUCCUCUACAAUACGUCACGUGGACGAAGGACAAGAGACUUCUAGAGCCGUAUCAGACGAAAGACAUUGUUAUUAUGAACAAUGGUUCCCUGCUAUUUACGAGAGUUAAUCAGAAUCACCAGGGAAGGUAUACCUGCACACCGUAUAAUGCACAAGGGACUCAAGGAUCUUCGGGUCCAAUGGAAGUAUUGGUCAGAAAGCCACCUGUGUUCACAGUAGAGCCUGAACCGUUGUACCAAAGAAAGGUUGGGGAAUCUGUGGAGAUGCAUUGCGAAGCUCAAGAGGCUGAAGGCACUCAACGACCCAGCGUUGUCUGGAGACGAAGAGAUGGCCUUCCUCUUCAGAAGAAUAGAGUGAGGGCGCUAGGAGGGAAUAUCACCAUCGACACAUUACGACGUCAGGACUUUGGGAUCUACCAAUGUGUGGCCUCUAAUGAGGUAGCAACAAUAGUAGCUGAUACCCAGCUGGUGAUAGAAGGUACUCAGCCACAUGCACCAUACAAUGUUUCGGGGACAGCGACAGAGUUUCAGGUCACGUUACGAUGGCAACCAGGUUACGCUGGCGGACCAGACUAUAAACAGGACUACACAAUUUGGUAUCGGGAAGCGGGCUUCUCUGAAUGGACCAAAGUGCCUGUUACGCCAUCUGGAGCUACUUUUGUCACAAUAAAUAGGCUUCAGCCAGGGACCACAUAUGAAUUUCAAGUUAAUAGUAAGAAUACCAUCGGAGAGGGAAUGAUGAGCAAAGCUAUUACAAUACGAACACUUGAUGUAGGCGCAAAACCAAAGACUACACCCACAGCCGCGGGACCGAUAGACGAAAAAAUCUUUCAGAAUGCACCCGAGGGAUCCGGUCCAAAACCAGGACAGCCUCGAAACUUAACAGUGACAGAAGUCCACAAUGGGUUUUCGAUCUCAUGGCAAACGCCACUAGACCGUGCUCAUUUAGUUCAAUACUAUACGAUCAAAUACAGAACGGAUGCACAAUGGAAGACCCUCAAUCGUGGUCAGAUUCGCCCCGAAGAAACUAGUUAUCUUGUAAAAAACCUAGUCGGAGGCCGCACAUACUAUUUCCGCAUAUUGGCCAACUCAGCGACGAGUUACGAAAGUUCUGAAGAAGUAAGGUUUGCGGUCCCAGCGCGGGUUAAGCACAAAGCUAUAACAGCGGGCGUAGUUGGCGGGAUAUUGUUUUUUAUAGUCGCCAUAAUACUGUCCGUAUGUGCUGUGAAGAUUUGCAAUAAACGCAAGCGACGCAAGCAGGAGAAAGCAUACAACAUGGUAGCCGCGCGGCUGACAGACCUGCGCGCCGCUGACAGCACUCAAGUGCCUUUUAAGAAAUUUAGAGAAAGCGGAAUAUCGAGUGUAGUCCAAUGUUUGCGGUUUACGGCGAACUGGAUCUGGCCGGUGACACGGUGCGGCGAAGAGCCGCCUUACUGGGGACUCGUUCGACGUAUGUCCCCCGCCCCGCCGCCCUCGCCUUCUCCCUCGCUGGCCCCCUCCUCCUCUGACGACGGCGGCUUCCUUCCUCGCCUGCGCGCUCCUUUGCAGCCCGCCGCGGCGCCCCCGCUCUUUCGUGCCUCGUCCCCCGCCUUCUCCCCUUGGACGGCUUGGACCCCGUGGCCGACCUGGGUCCCCGCUUGGACUCCGUGGUCGCCUCUGCAUAUAUCAGAUCUCAGCUCGGUCCCCUUUCCGAGCUCAGCGGACGGCUCCUUCCCGACCCCGCCAUCGUUCCUUCUGCGGCAGUCCCGCCAGGCUAGCGAGCGAGCGCUGUGUGCCGUCCCGCAGCGGACGCGGUGGCGACCUGUCCCGCGACACGCGCGCUCUCGUCCGGGGGCAGAUCCUCCGCCGCCACACGAAGCCUCCCCGGAGAGCCGUUCGUCGUCAAGCGGCUUUGGCAGCAAGAACGCAUCCUCGUCGCAGCACAAUCGCAGCAGCCGGACGGGCAGUCUGGCGGAAUGGCGACCCCCGCCGUACCGUGCGCCCCCUCCGGCGCCGCUACCGCGACCCGAGUCGGGCGAGGCGUUGGACGCAGGCUCCGUAGACGUGCACUACGAGUGGGACCGCGCCACCCGCACGCCUACGCCUUCCACCCCGGAACGACCUCGGGCCCGCCAGGCCCGAGAUGACGUGGAAGCGCGGGUCAGGGCGAUGAAGGAGGAAUUCUUAGAGUUUCGUAAGCGGCAGGCUCUGCGCCGUCGUUCCCCGGAACCGCUGGGCCCGCCGCCGCCGCUCUCAGCGGUGUCUGCGCUCUCUCCACUGUCUCCGCUCGCUCCGAUCGCUCCUCCGUCUGCACCCGCGGAGACCGUUUGCUGA